ACGACCCCUAUUCACUCCCGGUUAUAACUCUCCACAACUCACAGAGCCCACAGAGAGUAACAAGAGAGAGAUAAAACACAGUGCUGCUCUCCAUCUCCUCCACCUGGAAAGCCAGAGAUUUUGAUGGGGAGAGAGAGAGCAUUGUGCAGCCAUUAAUUAAUUCCUUCAUCAACAAAACGUGAGCCCUUUUUUUUCAAAACACGCGCCAUUAUAAAACUUGGGAAACAAUCUCUUCCUCGCUUUCAUUUACACACGCACAAACACAAAGCAAGAGCAGCUGCAUUUUAAGCCUGUAAGGUAUCGAGAGAGUGCUAUUGAAAUGGACCUUAGUAAGGCAACGUUAGAGAUCUUCUCAAAACUGGAGCAGAAAUGGCUCUCGCACUGUGAAACCACCAAGAAAACACGAGUGCUGAGCAUUGACGGCGGAGGCACGAAUGGCAUUGUUGCCGGUUCUGCUCUGAUCCACCUUGAGGAUCAGAUCCGCUUCAAAACAGGCGAUCCUCAAGCUCGAAUCGCCGAUUUCUUUGAUAUCAUUGCUGGCACCGGAAUCGGAGCUCUCCUCGCUGCCAUGCUAUCCGCCGACGAUGGUUCCGGCCGCCCACUCUUUACUGCCAGAGACGCCGUCGCAUUUGUUGCUGAGAAAAACUCCGGCCUCUUCAGGGUGAAGUGCAGUGGCUUCCUCAGCCGCCGCAGGAGGUGCUCUGGUAGGAGCAUGGAGAAAGUAAUGAAAGAAGCGUUGAGGAGAGAUGACGGUGUGAUUUUGACCUUGAAGGACACGUGCAAGCCCCUCCUUGUUCCUUGCUUUGACCUAAAGAGCUCUGCCCCUUUCGUUUUUUCCCGAGCCGACGCGACCGAAUCACCCAGUUUUAAUUUCGAGCUCUGGAAAGUCUGCCUUGCCACUUCAGCAACUCCAAGCCUCUUCAAGCCGUUUAACUUAACGUCAGUUGACGGCAAAACUUCGUGCUCCGCGAUAGACGGAGGUCUAGUGAUGAACAAUCCAACAGCAGCGGCAGUUACGCACGUGCUCCACAACAAGCGUGAUUUCCCUUCUGUUAAUAGCGUAGAAGAUCUGUUGGUUCUGUCGUUGGGAAACGGAAGUGGAUCGCUGAGUGGGAGGAAGCUCCGUCGUAACGGAGAAUGCUCCACGUCGUCUGUUGUUGACAUUGUGCUUGACGGAGUUUCAGAGACUGUUGACCAAAUGUUGGGUAACGCAUUCUGUUGGAACCGCACUGAUUACGUCAGAAUUCAGGCAAACGGAUUGGCGAGCGCGGGGCCGAUGGUGGAGGAGGAGGUGCUAAAGGAGAGAGGACUUGAAACGUUACCGUUUGGGGGGAAGCGGUUACUAACGGAGACCAAUGCUGAAAGAAUUGAGAGCUUUGUGCAACGACUUGUUGCUUCCGGGAAGAGUAGCUUGCCUCCCAGCCCUAGCAAGAAUUCCGCUGUUCCUCUUGCUGACGGUAGUUAGAUGGUUUUUAAACUCCUCGUGUUUUUGUGUUUUUAACCAUGUUAACCAUUAACCAGUCUUGGUUCACUCGACUAGUUAGUUAACUGUCUCUUCUGCCCAAUUUUAGAUCAGACCAUCUUGCUUGA